AGCUUAUCUGCCUCAAACCUCGAUUACACUUCACCGUCGUCAGAAUGCUAAAGGUUCCUUAGAGCCACUUGACAAACGCCAUUCUCCGGCGGCUAUCUCCGACCAUCGGAUCAGCGGAAAUGGACUCACUCUUCGACAGAAUAAACGUUCGGGAUCUUCUCUCUAGCCACGACCUCUCUGAUCCAACCACCGCUCUCUCGGCGCCGGAUCUCCACCUCCUCAUCACCCGCCUUGAGUCUCACUCUCUGCAAAUCAAAUCAAAAGUCCACUCCUACCUCCUUGCUCACCGCCACGACUUCUCUUCUCUCUUCUCCCUCUGCAACGAUGCCGUUUCCAAAACCGAUGACAUUUCUCACAGCUUGUCCAAUACUUUUGAUUUGAUCUCUGACUGUCCGAUCGACGUAGAGAUUAGAGAGCGACUGGAUGACAUUGGAGGAAAGGCGAGGGAGGCAAGAGUAAAGAGCGAAUUGUUGGGUUUGGUGAAAGUAAUUGUUGGAAUUUGCGAGAAGUUGGAAGGGGCAGGAGAGGAGUUGAAGAAUGGGCGACUGAGAUUUGUUGCUGAGGAGGUGAGGGAUUUGAAGUCUAUAUUGAGGAUUGGCGAUGAGGAAGAGGGGGAGCCUGUUGUGUAUGGUUUGUUACGGAGACAGUGGGCAGAUUGCUUUGACGAGAUGCAAGAAUUGCUGGUGAAGUUCAUUGAAAAUGCAGUUCAGUUUGAGCCAGAAAUGAAAAGAGUGCGGGUGAAGUAUCAGUUAUGUGUUAAUGAAAUUGAUGGCAUUGAGCUUCGUGCAGUUUUGGAAGCAAUGGAAGUGGUUCAAAUUUUGGAUUAUGGUCUUGCUAAAGCAGCUGACUUGAUGAUCAAGCAUGUUAUCGCUCCAUCUAUAAAUCAUGGAUCACCUGCAAGAUUUUUAGAGGAGCUAAAUGAAGGCUCAGAUGAAGUGACAGAGGCAGUAUUGAAGAUAUUACCAUCACAUGAUACCAAAAGUGUAGAUUUUGAUGGUGAGACUAUCUAUUCAAGGGUUACUCAGGUUAUCAAGUUUAUUUUCAAGUACAUAUGCUUCCAAAAUGGUCCUUGGAUCCAUUCUUUUGGAAGACUGACUUGGCCAAGGAUAUCAGAUCUGAUUAUCUCCAAUUUUCUCUCAAAGGUUGUUCCUGAAGAUGCUUCAAAACUUGCUGACUUUCAGAAGAUAAUCAAACGGACAACUGAGUUUGAAAUUGCUUUGAAGAAAAUGAUGUUCAUUUCUUUAACUGAUAACAAGGAUAACAGGUUAAGCAAUUUUGCUGAAAAUGUUGAGGUGCACUUUGCAGCUAGAAAAAAAGCAGAAAUCCUAGCAAAAGCUAGAAAUUUGCUUCUACAGUGUGACUUCUCUGUUCCCCAAGAUUGUACUACUACCACAGGCUCUAAAGUGAAGGCUGAUGGAGAAGCUAUAAAUUCUUCUGAGCAGUUUGUUGACUUGCUUUUCUCAUCCGAGAGGUGUAUAGUAUCAAAAGCAGCAUCCCAACUGAUGGAGCUGGUCCAUCAGACACUCAAGGAUGUUUGCUUGUCAUCCCCAAGAGUUGCUCUGGAAUUCUAUCGUACUGGCAGAGAUGCCAUGCUUCUUUAUGAAGCUAUUAUUCCUGUCAAGCUAGAAAGGCAGCUUGAUGGCAUCAACCAAGUAGCUGUUCUUAUGCACAAUGAUUGUCAUUAUUUAUCUCAAGAAAUUCUUGGGCUUGCAUUUGAGUAUCGAGCAGAUUUUCCUAUUAACAUUAAGGAGCAUGCUGUGUUUGCUGAUAUGGCUCCAAAAUUUCAUCUUAUGGCAGAAGAAGCACUGCAGAGGCAAAUCCAACUUGUUAUAUUUAAUCUGAGAGAGGCUAUAGAUGGUGCUGAUGGAUUUCAGAAUACCCAUCAGAUGCAGCAAUUUCAAUCUGCAAAGUUUAGCAUGGAUCAGGUAGCAUGUUGUUAUUAAGUGGUACAUUUCUCCUGCUUUUAUUGUAUGUCUUUCAUUCAAUGGUUCAUGAUCAGGUUGUUUUCAUUCUUGAGAAAGUACAUAUUAUAUGGGAGCCCUUACUGUUGCCUUCAACAUAUAAAAGAAGUAUGUGUACAGUUAUAGAGUCAGUCUUUUCCAGAAUCACAAAAGACAUGCUUCUCCUUGAUGAUCUGGCAGCAGAAGAAACAUUACAGCUCCAAAGACUAAUCCAUUUGAUGCUGGAAAAUUUGUCUUCUCUGCUGGACUCUCUAAUUGCCAUGAGACCCAAGGGAAAGUCUGAAAAGGAUUCAAUAUGCCCUCUUGGCAAUGUUGUACCAUCUUUACCCAAAAUCCGUAAACUGGAAGAAUUGUUGGACAUGCCUCUAAAAUCCAUUACAACUGCUUGGGAAAGUGGAGAACUACUUAGCUGUGGUUUCACCAGAGAAGAGUUGGAAGAUUUUAUCAGAGCCAUAUUUGCGGACUCACCUUUGAGAAAAGAAUGCCUAUGGAGGAUAGAAAGUUUCAGUUCAUAGAUACUUCAAGUCUUCCAGAAUUUUGAAACAUCAACGCUGCUUUCUUCAAAAAAGUGACGGAAAAAAAGAAAAGAUAGCCGAAGAGGGAAGGACUGAAGAAAAUUAGUAUUGCUAUUUAACUCAAAGAAAACGCCUUAUAACAUGUCCACCCUGAUUCAACCAUCAAUUUACUUACCAUGGAAGAGUUCAACACAGUAAAUUCUCUCUCUCUUUGUUUCUUAGUGUUGUUUUCUUUAAUUUUUUUCCAUCUUGAGUUUAUCAGCAGAUACUAAAAACUGUGUGAUGGAGACAUGUCUGUAUGUAAUGCCUGUCUACUGGGUAAAAAAUGAGAACAAUGGUUGCCAAUUUUGGCUUCGUUGUCCAUAAUUGUUGACGUCUUGUGGAACGGUAGGUUGUGGGGGUGAGAUCUCGAAUGUAUCUGGUUUUAUUUUUGACCAACAGUAUGUGGUGCUGGUAGUUUAUGCCCAAUUAUUUUUGCAUGCUUCAAUGUGAUUGUCAUUGACUUAAUGAAUGAAUCCGACAGUG